AACUAUCCCCUGUACAUCCGAAGCAUCCCAACAGAAAAUGAACUGAAGUUCCAUUAUACAGUGCACACUUCCCUGGAUGUUGUGGAUGAAAAGAUCUCUGCCAUGGGGAAGGCCCUUGUGGAUCAGAGAGAGCUCUAUCUGGGACUUCUGUACCCAACCGAAGACUACAAAGUAUAUGGCUACGUGACAAAUUCCAAGGUGAAGUUUGUUAUGGUGGUAGAUUCUUCAAACACAGCACUUCGAGACAAUGAGAUCCGCAGCAUGUUCCGAAAGCUGCAUAAUUCAUACACAGAUGUAAUGUGCAACCCCUUUUAUAACCCUGGGGACUGCAUUCAUUCCAGGGCCUUUGAUAAUAUGGUGACCUCCAUGAUGAUGCAGGUGUGCUGAAGCUCCAGCCAUUCUCUUUGUGUUUGAGAACAUUCUCCAUUGUACAGAAGUGUAUCUAGGAAGCUGUGUGUAUAUAUAGUCUUUAAACUUGUUCUGUGUAAAAUAAACCUACUGCUGUUUGGAUCUA